UCGGACAGCGCCGCAAGAAACCGACGACGACGGCCACGCCACAAUCGUUCUCAGCUUCCUCGCGCCAUCCCCUGACGAGAGCGAACAGGAGGACCUCGGACGUGGGAAGCAGAGCUUUCCUUCUUGUAUCCGCGAGAGAAUCGAACAGGAGGAUCUGGCCAUGGAAUCAUGAGAAUUUUUCUUCUUCUGGUAUCUGUGAGAAUCGUGAUCAAACAGAAGUUUUCAACUGCCUGCGGGGAAACCAGUGAGAGAUCUCCUUCUUGUUUCUGGUCGGUUCUCUGGCAGCUUGCUUUUUUGCGAAAAGGGGUCAUUCUGUGUCUAUUUACGAGUAUCGUCCAGAUAUCAGAACAGAGGAUUGUUGGGGUCAGAGCAUUGAUUUGGCUCUGUCAAUCAGAGGGCGGGAAGCUUUAAGGGCAGUUGGCCUUGAGGAGGUUGUGGUCGAUCACCAUGGUAUUGCUAUGCGUGGUAGAAUGAUACACAAUAAGAAUGGAUCGCUCAAAGAAAUACUUUAUGAUGGUGUGAAUCAAAACUGCAUUUAUUCAGUUACCAGACGAUAUCUAAACAUUGUUCUAUUAAAUGCUGCCGAGAAGUAUUCCGAAGUAAAUCUCUAUUUCAACAAGAAAGUCGUGGAUGCGGAUUUAGACGAUGGAAAGCUGACGAUAUUGGACACGAGAACUCGAAAGAUAGAGAAAACGGAAACUGAUUUGAUAAUAGGAGCCGAUGGUGCUUACUCGAUCAUCAGAAGAACAAUGGCGAAAAAGCCGCGGUUCAACUGUAGUCAAACUUAUAUCGAACAUGGAUACCUUGAAUUAUUCGUCCCUUCUGGAAAAAAUAACGAGUUUACGAUGAGUAACAAGCAUCUUCAUAUUUGGCCACGAGGAGAAUUUAUGAUGAUAGCUUUGCCCAACGACAACUGUACUUUUACUGUUAAUUUAUUCGCCCCCUUUUUAACCUUGGACAAGCUGAAAACGCCUCAGGAUCUUUUGAGUUUCUGUGAAGAAUAUUUUCCUGAUCUAGUGGAAUUAAUUGGAAGGCAGAAAUUGGUUAAAGAUUACUUCGAAAGAGAACCAAAACCUUUGAUUUCCAUAAAGUGCAAACCUUAUCAUGUUGGAAAAACCACCCUUCUUCUUGGGGAUGCUGCUCACGCUAUGGUGCCUUUCUAUGCCCAAGGAAUGAACACGGGUUUCGAGGAUGUUUUACUUCUGGACGAGUUAAUGGAACGUUAUAACUCGGAUUUUAGCAAAGUUCUUCCAAAAUUCUCGGAAUUAAGAUGUGAAGAUGCACAUGCCAUUUGCGAUCUUGCUAUGUAUAAUUACGUCGAGAUGAGAGAUUUAGUGAGAAAGAAAUCUUUCCUCGUUCGAAAAUAUAUAGACACGUUUCUCUAUAAACGAAUUCCCAAAACGUGGAUACCUCUCUACAGUACAAUACACUUCUCAAGAAUGAGGUUUCGCGAUUGCAUUGCAAACAAGCAGUGGCAGGAUAAGAUAUUACGCAGAACCGCUUGGUGCACGAUAUUCUUAAUCAUAGCUAUAUUAAUGGCGUCUUUCAUCCAAGUAUCCACAAAGAAAAGUAUUUUAUAUUAAAUUUUAAUACAGAUUAUUAUUAUACAAAGUGCACAACCAACGUGGAUAUGUGUGCGUAUGCAUCGAUUUUACAAUAAAACUAAUUGUUGACUAA